AAAUUCUUCCUCGUUGCCUUUGCUGCCAUCUUGGCUUGCGCCAGCGCUGAUGUCUCAGAAUUGGGCUACAGCUACGAGCAACCUGCACCUGUGUCUUUUGCUGCCCCAGCCCCCGCACCCGCACCCGUAGCACAGCCUGACCGCACCUACGUGCCACCAGCACAUGCACCAGCCCCAGUUCAUGUUAAUGUGCCAGCUCCAGCUCCCGCUCCAGUGCACUUCUCCGCUCCAGCUCCAGCCCCCGCACCAGUGCACUAUGCUGCUCCAGCUCCAGCCCCAGCUCCAGUUCAUGUAGCUGCUCCAGCUCCAGCUCCAGUGCACUAUGCUGCCCCAGCUCCAGCCCCAGCUCCAGUCCAUGAAAUUGAGCAUCAUGCUCCUGACGGUUACCGUUACAAGACUGUUCGUCGUCGCGUCUACAGACGUCGUUAUUAA